CCAUCUGUACCACAAUCCCCUUUUCAAUUCGACCCUACUUUUCUCUCCUUCCCCAAAGAUUCAUUUUUUUUUUUUUUUUUUUAAUUUUCCGAUCGCUUCUUCUUAUCAAGAUUUUGUGGGUGAUUUAAGUAAGAGAGAAGAUGGGUCAGAUCCAGUACUCAGACAAAUACUUCGAUGAUAUUUAUGAAUACAGGCACGUCGUCCUUCCUCCGGAAGUGGCUAAGCAUUUACCUAAGAAUCGUAUCCUCGCGGAAAGUGAAUGGAGAGCUAUAGGAGUGCAGCAAAGCCGUGGUUGGGUUCAUUACGCCAUUCAUCGUCCUGAGCCACACAUCAUGCUCUUCAGGAGGCCACUUAACUACCAGCAGGACCAUCAAGCUCAGAAUCUCAUUGCUAAGUAGACUUCUCUGUUUGCCCAAAAAAAACUUUCUCUCUCCCUAAUAUCGUCGGUUUAUGUCUCUUCUUGUAAACAAGGUUUUACAAACCAAGGCAUUCAUUCCUCUACUAGUUUUUUUUUAUUUUAUCUCUUCAGUGGAGAUGUUUAUGUAGUAAGUCUGGUUCUUUGCUAGACUUUUUUAUUUGGAUGCACCUUUGAACUCUUAUGCACUGUUAAGCCGUUUAUAUCUCCUGCUUCUGAGCUUCUUUCA